AUGAGUGACAACAAGCAGGGUGGCGUGUUAUCAGUGCCAGAUCAGGCGUCCGAGCCAAUCGUAGCAUUCUACCUUACCCAAGAGACAGAUCUACCCGUCAAAUUUCAAGGCGAAUACCAGGUAGUGACAAUCAAGAUCCCUGGUUCGUCAGGACAGCCUGUACAAAAGCCAGCAUUGAGGGUCACCUUCGCCCACGAUCAAUCUAUCGAAGAGCUGGUAGGACUGGUUGGGUUUGGAUCCGAUCCUCGAUGCCACCUCUUACUCCCGGCAGACGUUGUCGACCCAGUGCAUUGCAGGGUCUACGCUCAACUCAACUCUGGUCCCCAAGUUUGGCUAGUAGAUGAUAGUUCAACGCAGGGUACACAGGUCGAAGAAGAUCAGGAUCCACGCCACAAGUCAAUCAAGACUGUCCAUGGUCGUCGCCAGGCCGUACAAGGAUUGCAUGCUGUCAGGAUCGGUCCCUAUUUGUUCAAGAUCCGAGCACCAGUCAGCAACACAGAAGUCCGACGACGCGAAGACUGGUUUCGCCUCAACAAACCCAUUCCAGUCACAAGGAAAAUGCUAGAUCGACAGCUAGACGGCCUCGCGUACGACUGGCUUCGGAUGGAUCGUGUUGGAAGUGGAGCCUUCGGGAAUGUGUACAGGUACAUGGAAAGGAACACAGCAUUAUUCAUUGCUAUCAAAGAAGAGCGGACCAGGUCCAAAGAGCACAAAGCGAUGGUUAUGCAGGAGAUAAAAUUCAUGAAAAGUUUGCGUCACCCCUUUCUCGUCGACAUCCUAUUCAGCCACUCCGACAACAAAGCGCUGCCAAUGUUUUUAACCGCAAUGCCUCUUUACUUCGGCAACUUGGGAUCUAUACUGCCACUGCCGAACAUGUCUACGACGGAGCGAGUAAUGCUCCAGAUCGCUGAGGGUCUACGCUUCAUGCAUUCCAAUCUGAUCUUGCAUAGAGAUCUGAAACCAGCAAAUGUCUUGGUCACUUCCCAAGAAAACAUCAAGAUCGCUGAUUAUGGUUGGGCGACCUCUCUGAAUGACACUGUAUCACUGUAUGAUCCCGAAGGUCGAUGUUCCUUGGAUGAAUGCAUACAGAUCGUCGAGGCGCAAGAUUACGAUUGGAUCAAGCCGACACCUUUGAUGCCAGUGGCAACACCGACACGUUUUGCCACCGGUACAUUUGGCGUUCACGGGACAGCAAAUGCCACAAGAUUACAACAGACUCCUUUCGACCAAGCCAAAGCGACAGCCGACAUGCCUAAGCUAACCCCAUUUGCUCGGGUUAAUAGGUCCGAAAACCGUCAAAGCCCGCAGCAAGCCCCAGGAAAACCUGGCUACAAGAAUUGGCGGCCUAUUGUGCAGAGAGAAGAACCAGCGGCACCGAAUCCACAAGCGGUACGAACGCCAAAGCCUUGCAAGCCAACCCAUGUUCAAGGCGUCAACUUCAACGCCGGCCUGCCUUCCUACGAAGACGCCACGCGUCAAAAUCCGUUUGCAGUGAAGACAAGCAAGGGAGAGAAAGACAAGAAAUCCGCUCAUACUAGACUCGACGUUAGUGACAGAAUCCUCGGCCAUCGAACUAAAGAACCGCCUGUUCUACGAGCACCCUUGCCCGCAGUUGGCAAAGCCCCAAAGGGAGGAAGCCCGAGAGUGGAAGCUCUAUCAGUCGUCAGAGCUGGCCCCCUAGCCAGCAUUCGCGGACGGCAGCCGCAGAACCCUCGGCAACUCGUACGUCGUUCCCGCGAACACACCAUGAACAUCGACCGCGCCCAGAACGCUGGCGUCCGCAAAAGGCGGGAGCAGCUGGACCGGCAGGCAGAGAGGAAUAGGCGAGUGGCUGACCUCAAGAGAGGCGCAUGUGACGUUGCGAAAGGCUACUUCGUAAUCUAUCGUGCGCUCUUCGGCUUGGCGUUCGAGGGACUUGCCGUGGGCAGCGAACGCAUCUAUAAGAUGUUCAACGACCAAUCUGGCGCACGAAAAGCUUUGGAACAUGCAAUCCCCAACAUGAAUGCCAAUGCGCAGCUCAUGGCUAGCAUGCAGAGGCAGUCCCUCAGAGCUGCGUCCAGCAACAGACUUACGGCUGGCGUCAAACAGCGCUCUUUUAGGGUCUACACGGAUGAAGAAAUGAUGGAUCAUCAGCUCAUGCUACCGCGAAGGCGAUAG